GCAAGGAGGGACGAAUGGUGGGCCUGCUAAUAUUCCAUUGAUGGACCAUGCAUUGAGGAUGCAGCUCCUGCAGCAGGUGCUCAUCAUGAACCAGAAUGCCAUAGCGCGUGCUCAGCAACCUGAGUCAAGGUUCACCAUCGAGAAGCUUAAGAAGAACGGCGCUGAGGAGUUUCUCGGCAAAGAUAUUGCAGACCCCCUGGUUGCGUUUGAUGGCUCGAGCGCGGACUAUGAGCUUACCAUAGCAUUGCCAGAGGAGUACAUGUCCACGACGUCAAGGCAGGAUUUCGGCUUUAUGUACGAGCAGGCGAAGGAAGUGGUCAGAACCAAGGUUGGAAGCCGGAGAUUGAUCAGAAGCCAGCAAAGUCUUGUCACAUUAGGGAGAACUGUCCCACAAACCCAGGGAACCAGUUUUCGACCGCCCAGGCGGCGAGCCAGGCAGAGGCUUCUCGUCUCGCGCAGAGUCAGCCUUCCGCAACUGGCUCCCAACAGCAGCGUUAGCAACAUCAGAACUGCUGCAGCCUGUGGCGCAGCACUAGGGUCACGCAUCGGCCAGGACAUAUGCUCUACAAGUUUCCGUUGCAAUAUUUUUGCAACAGAUUUCUGCAACGAUGUUUAUGAUGCAUUUUAUUUGCAACAGAGUUUUGCAACGGAUUAUCGUUGUAAAAUGUUCGCAACAGUAAUUUGUUCUAUUCGUCUCUGUUGUUCUUUUCUUCUGUUCAUUGUCUUCCUGCUCUGUUUAUUUCUCGCUGCUUCUCUGUUCUCUUGGAUUGCCGCUAUGUACGUUGUUCGCUGCCCUAGGGUGAUGUUGGCUCUGGGGUUGCCGAAUGCGCCGUUGCACUACCGUGAUGCUGCCGGAAUCUUGCCGCCAUAGCUACUGAUGUUGAGGAUGACGCCGCUGCUUUUAAUGAGUCUCCUCCAUGGUUGCAACGACCUGGGGGAUUACUCUCUUAAAAUUGUAUGCUUAAUUGACUAUUAAAUUGACACUUUAUUG